AUGCGGCGGUGUUCCUUUGCCUCAACGUGCCGCUACCGCAGUGCAGACGAUGUGCCACUUGGUUUAGGCUCUGCUUACGUGUGGACGUGCCGUAACAUAACCAGCCGUGGGCAGUUUAACCCUAUUCACAAUUUCUCGUAUGCUAUGGAGCGCGGAGUGCGUGCGCGAGAUGUGAAAGCGUUUGAGAAACUUAUUACAAACCCCGGGCCGUUGCGAGUUGCAUAUACACCAGACUACCUAGACUGGCUCCACAGAUGUUACAAGGCAAAGGGGACGUAUAUGGAUGCCCGCGCCGUAGCAGAGAAAAAAUUUAACGGCAAUAUCGUCAGUAGCGAACUGUCGGCUGCAGUUAACAGGCGGGAGGGGAAAAGAGGAGACACCCGCGGUGAUACGGUCGAUAAUGACCAUCAUAACCUCCCUGGUGCGCCACCACCGGGUAUGUUUCUUCGUCCAGCGCACUCUUUCAGACGUCUGGCUGGUGAACUGAAGCGUCGCAGAGCCCAAUCAAUCCUGGACGAAGUGGCGAGGGCGCAGGGUAUGCUUGACCUGUUCGAGCGCCAACCACAUUUCCCAGCCAUCCACAUUGAUAGGUGUAGCCGCUUCCAUCUGGUGGAACUAUUUAAGGAAAUGGUGUUGGAGCGUUCACUCGACAGCAACAUGAUAUGGGAGAAGGCUCUACUAUACCGUGCCAUACUCUCGGAGCGAAAGCCGUCAUAUCCAACAUCCUUUCACUACAUCUUCACCGCAGUUGAAGACACCGUUUUCGCCCCAACCAUUUCGACACCGAUGGAAAUGGCAGGCUCUGGGGGAGAGGGGCACGAUCGUUCCAGCCACCCAUUGGCAGCGAAGUGCCCAACUCUGGAGGCGUAUUACUAUUAUGUGUACCUGGUGAAGAAGUACUACAUUGAUAACGCAGUGGAAGCACAUGUGGUACUUCGGUGUCAUCGCGAGCCGAAUGCAGCUGAUUUGUUGUUUUCCAAUCCACCGCCGAAGGACGAUACGGAGAUAAUGAAAGCGGUUGAACUAUUAAGGAAUGCCGAUAUACAACGCGGUGUGGCGGCUGCAGCUGCUGUCUCUGACCCCACAUUACCUCCUGGAGGUGAAGGUAGCGUUAUUGGUAAUAGUGAUAACAAGAAAAACAGCGAGAAAACCUCCGAAGGUAGUAGGGGGAGGCCCGCGCGACCUCCUGUUCUACCUGGCGCCUACCCGCCUAUUGAUAUGUUAUGGCGCUGUGAGGAGAACUUACCACUCCUCAAAGUUCUUCUUUUUGGUGAAUUUAAUUUGAUAGUGUCCGAGAACCCAUUUGUAAAGUUUCCGAGCGCGCAUGGGUUUUUGACGAGGCCAUAUUCAACUGACUCGUCGCGCACGCUUGCCGAUGGUAUGAGUCUAGCCAAUGUCAUGGCCGAAAAGCGAGGUCAUUUGCUUCCGUCGCUUCCACGUAAUACGGCCACCUCAAUCGACGCCCGAGCUCAAGAUAUACGAAGGUUGCAGCAAAAACACCAUCGGGAUGAUAUUGUCAGUUUCCAGAAACUGCUACGGAGUACCCACGCUGAAGAUAGUCCCUCCGCCUUUAGCAGCUACUCCGAUUGGAGUUACUUCAACCCACGCGCCGUACGGGCGGAGGAGCGUGACCGUCUCACGCGGAAAGCUGUCGAGGCACUAAAGUUGUAUGAUUCAGCAACAAAUGAUAUCUAUCGUCAUAGUUUCGAGGAUGUUCAAGCCUGUCACACACAGCGAGUGACCGAGCGCGACCGCACGAUGCCGCCAUACUUGCCAACGUUGCCACAUUUUGUAGCAAUUAUUAAGAAAGAUCCACACAUUUCUUUUUUAUUACAUAUUGGGUUACCGGAUCGUAAUUCUUCAGAGGAAGGGAGUGCAAAGCACAAGGAAUUGGAGAAACGUAUUUACUACCUGGCUCGGGCACUAUAUCAUACAGCACUGGAGUACCACAAUGAAACAGUGCGACGUGUUAAUAGGCAAAAGGUUAAUGUGGCUGCCUCGCUGCUUGAUAACUUUGUGGAGCAGGAAUGGACCACUAUUCUGAGGGACAAACACGAUGUCACGGACGUCACAAAAACACUCAAUGACACCCAGAACGACAAAAAGCAGCUGGCGCGUCGCCUGGGUCGUUACAUGCUUUUCGCUAACCGGUCCUUGGAUGAUACGGGUUUCCCCACUGAUGCACGUGCAGACGACUAUACGCGGUGGAUGGCGCCCCCUUCUGUAGGGAAGGUAAGUUUGUGA